AGCCCCUCCUCUGCCUUCUCAAAAACCCCUCAUUCACUCCACUCUCUGGCAAGUCAAAAUUACUCUUCAUUAACUUGCUGUGCAUUAAUGGAAGUGCCCGAGUAUCUUGUCGGUGGCUACUACGGCACCGGAGCCGGUCAGUUUUCGCCGGAGAAGCAGAAAUCCGCCGCCGAGCAUUUCGCUGUCGAUGAAUAUUUAUUGGACCUCUCGAAUGAAGAUGUGGCAAUGCAUAACGGUUUCUUCGAUAACGUCGCCGGAAAUUGCAGUGAUUCGUCGACGGUUACUGCGAUUGAGAGCUGCAAUUCGUCGGUCUCCGGCGGCGAUAACCAGUUAUUAGGAAAAUUUGAGUCCGGAAGGUUCUGUGAAGUUCAAUUCUCGAGCGAACUCUGCAUUCCGUGCGACGAUUUGGCGGAACUGGAAUGGCUGUCGAAUUUCGUUGAAGAAUCAUUUUCGACGGAGGAGAUUGAGAAGGAUUUUGCAGCAAUUCCGUUCCUCUCCGGGGGGAUCAGUACGGCAACGACUCCAGAAACACCGUCGUCUUCAGGAGCGACAGCGUUUGGUUAUGGAAGUGCAAAAACGACAUCGUUUCUUCACAGCGAAGCUCUAACUCUCCCCGGAAAAGCCCGAAGCAAACGUUCACGCGCUACGCCUUGCGACUGGUCCACGCGGCUUUUCGAAGCGACGGCUCCGGAGAAAACGGAGGGAGCGAUGACGAAGCCGGAAACGACGUCGGGUCGGAAAUGCCUGCAUUGCGCGGCGGAGAAGACGCCGCAGUGGCGGACUGGGCCGAUGGGCCCAAAAACGCUUUGUAACGCUUGUGGGGUCCGGUACAAGUCGGGUCGGCUUGUACCCGAAUACCGACCCGCUUCCAGCCCGACAUUUGUGUCGACGAAGCACUCAAAUUCUCACCGGAAGGUGAUGGAGCUCCGACGGCAGAAGGAGAUGCAACAUCAAGAGCAGUUUGUAAGUCAAAGCUCGAUAUUCAGCAGAUCCAACGGCUGUGAUGAGUACUUGAUCCACCGUCACAACGGCGGUGAUUUCAGUCUCAUGAUGUAGAAUUUUGCAGUAAAAGGGGUAGAAGAAAGACAGUGGAAAAAGCUAUAAAAAAAAAGAGAAUUAAUAGUUUUAUGUACUUUUUUUUUGUUUUGUUUUGUUUUUUAAUUUAAAUAUUUUUUUAACCUUUUCAUCAGUAAAAACCUCUGGAAUUAAAAAGAGAGGGAGAGAGGAUAAUGAUUGUGGUGGGACUGAGUGAUUGUACGGACAUUUCUCAGGCAUCUUUUCUGAUUAAAAUGAAAUUGCA